AUGCAUUCAUCAAAACAAAAUUUAUGUAUUAAUGAUCAAUUAGAUUUUGAUAAACAAGACAAUCAUCCAGAUAUUGAUUCGCCGAUACGUAGUUAUGCAAUUAUUGAAACAAAUCCAAAUGAAUUAGAUCAUAUUAUUGAUCUUCUUCGACAAUUUUUUCCACAAACAAGAAUUAUUGAAUUUAGUAAUCAAAAUCAUUUAAUAAAUACAACAAUACCACAACGAGAAAUAUCUUUUGAAUCAAAUUGUAAUUCUCCUUUUUCAAUAUUAUCAAAAUCAUCAUUUGAUAGUGAUAUUAAUAAUGAUCAAAUAUCAUCAAAUAUAAAUUCACAAACAUUUAAAGGUAAAGUAAAAGAUUAUUUACAACGUCGUUAUUUAGAACAAAUUCGUGAGCAAGAAUCUCCUAAAGGAAUUUUUACAAAAUCUCGUAAUGAUAAUAUAAAUUCAUUUGAUUCAUCAUUAUUUUCAACUGUUGAUAAACCUUCAAUAACUUUAAAAUCUCAUUCACUUGAUUCAUCAUCAAUUUCAACUCAACAAUUCAUGUCUAAUAAUUUAAUUCAAACAAAAUCUCCUUCACAUUCACAAAGUAAACGAGGUUUCUUACAACGUUCGACAAAUAUUGACAUGGAUGAUACAUCGAACAUUAAUAAUAAACUAGCAUUUAGUAUCGAUCAACCAGAUGAUGAUUUUGAUAAUGAUGAUAAUGAUAAAUCUUCUUCAUUUCAACAUUCAUAUUCUGAACAACAAACUAAUGAUAAAAAUAAUCAUUGGUUUAUACCUUGUUAUCGUGCCGAUGAACAAGAACAGAAUAAAAGACAAUCAUCAUUUCCUAAUAGAACAUCAUUACCAGAGACGCCUUAUUUAACAUCAAGUGAUCCUGGUCCAUUUCAUUCAUCAUGGUUUAAUAUAUCUACUUCUCCCUCUAAAUUUCAGCUUCCUCAAUGUCAAGAACAAUUUGUUACUAAUUCAGAAGGAAGUAUUGCUCAAUUAUCAACAUUAACAAAUACAUUAUGUGAUGAGCCAAAUGUCUUUACUUCUGUCAGUCCAAGAUGCAAAAUAGAAAAACACGAUGUAAUUACUUCUACAGAUUCAUCAUUGGUUCUAUCUUGUCAGAUUUGUGGACAAGAAUUUGAUUCACGUCAAUUAUAUUUAACUCAUAAUUGUACUCAUCUUGAAAAUUCAUGUCAAGAUAAUAAAUCCGAUAUAUUAGAUUUUGAUCCAAAUUAUGAUAGUUCUAAUAAUUUACGUGAUUUUACAUGUAAAGUAUGUUCAAAACAUUUUGCUCGUAGUGAUAUGUUAAAUCGACAUUUACGUUUACAUUCUGGUAAACGUCCAUAUCGAUGUAUGAUAUGCAAUGUAUAUUUUUCACGUAGUGAUCAUUUAUCAACACAUUUUCGUACACAUACGGGUGAAAAACCUUAUACAUGUCCACAUUGUUCAUAUACAGCAUGUCGACGAGACAUGAUUACAAGACAUUUAAAAAUUCAUACGAAAUCACGAACAGACCGCAAGCAUGCAACGUUAACUAAUACUUCAACACUUAGUAAAAGUGUGUGGAAAGAUUUGUUGAUUUCUAUUACUGCUAUACGAAAUAAUAGGCAUCUAAUCAAUUAUCCAUGUAAUUUAAGUAAUAUAAUAAAUUCUUCGUUGAAUACAGUUGAACUAAAUGCACCAUCAACCGGUUGGGGGUAUUUGUAG